AUGUUCAUUAUAAUUACUUUCCACAACUCUCUAAACGUCUACCGAAUGAUCACAGCAUACGUAUACCAGGUUCCGUUGGAAGCGGCUGUCCAAUACAUUCGUAAUUUAGACAACUGGGAUGCAUACGCUCUCCCACUUCUGCUGGCGAUUCUCAUCUGGCUGGCCGAUAUACUCGCCAUAUAUCGAUGCUAUCUCAUCUGGAGCCAUACCCUCCUCCCUGUGGCACUUCCUAUCCUCCUGCUCUUAGCGAGCAUAGGCACCCACUCCGUGAACCUCUGGUGGUUCGGCCACCGCACCGCACGCUCCAUCGACGAAAUGCAGCCCCUCUUCAACACCACAUUCCCCCUCCACCUCGCUCAGAACGUGCUAACGACAUUCCUAAUCGCCUACAAGAUCUGGAUGGAGCACCAAAAGGUCAAGCGGAUCGGUAUCGCAGUGGUGGGCGGGAUGAACCUGAUGAGCGUCAUCCGGAUCUUCAUCGAGAGUGCAGCGCUGUAUACCAUCGAGAUGCUCCUCGCCGUCAUCUUCUUCUUCGCGCGCCACCCCGCACAGGUGAUCUUCCAGCACGCCUUGAUCCCCACCACCGGUAUCGUCUUCGCCCUCCUCGCCAUCCGCGUGCACACCGCCCGACACCGCGACCACGGGCGAAACAUCCAAAGUUCCAACUCCAUCAUCCCCUCCUGGCUGCACGGGGGCGAGGACAACCGGAACGCAGGAACAGGGACCGCCUCCCGGCGUCUAACCCAAGGUGGCAUGGGCAUGCCAAUCGUCACCACCGUCACUGAGGAACACCGGCUGGAGGAUAUCACCACCUUCAACCGCCAUGAUUCCGGCUCUGAUGGGAAGACGGACGGGAACCUGACAUAUGAUCAGAAUAGGACGACGGACGUCAAGUUCGUCGUCUGA